GCGCAUUCCCCUUCCCUCGUGGUGCACCUUCUUCUGCCGCUUUUGCACCACCUCCUCCUUCUCCCCUCACCCCUUCCGCCUCUUCACCCUCCUCCUCCUCUCUUCAUACAUUCCUCCCCUCCGUGCCUCUCCUCCCUUCCUCCACCUCCUUCCCCUCCGCAUCUGCCAACUGGCUGCGUGGUACUGGUUGCCACUUGGUGAUCGUGACCCUACUUCCUCCCCACACUCCGCUCCUUCACCCUCCUCCUCCUCUUCUCUCUCCCUCUAUUCCCCCCCCACCCUCUAACCUCUUCCUCCGCCUCUCUUCUCUCCCUCUCUGCUGCAGCUGGUAG